UGUGACAUGUGACGAGCAAAAUGUAAACACUUUGGACGGCAGUCCCUGUGACCAAAAAUGUUAACAGAAUGAUUGAAUUCAAGAAAUGUUUUGACUUGACAGGUUCAAUUACAGCUUUUAUAUCCCGAAGACGACAAGAGCAUGGCGUAUCAGAUGCUGGGUCCAUAUCUCCACGAGUUCUAACUCAAGAAAAGGAUGGAUCUAUCAUAUAUUCCUGGAAUGACUUCGACCCUCCCAACAAGAAGUCUGGAUCCCUGGUGACCCAUGUGGGGCUUGUUAACCCAGCUACUCAAGAACACAAGGUUAUACAAGUCAACAACCAGAAGCUGAAGAUUGUAUCCUGCUCCGUCAAUGCAUCGAAGACGUUGCUAGCUUUUACAACCUUGUCCAAGGGGGAUGUAUCUAAAGAUGGCAAGACUGGAAGAGAGAUGUACCAAGCAUAUCUUGCCGAGUUACAAGCCUCGGACUAUCGUGUCUUCUCCCUCAACCUUGAGCGAAGAAGCUUCCUCAAAGUCCAGUUUCUGUACUCAAGUCAUUCUGACCAAUCAGCCCCCAGGGAGUCCCAUCUUCUAGUCUUCCUUCAUAAAGAGUCAAUAGGUUUAUACAAGAUCCCAAUGGCAAGAGCUGGGGAUAAGAGAACCGUCAUGUCCGACCAACCACAAACCAUGCAGUUAGUACGGAAGUUUGUUUGGUGUCAGUGGGACGCCGUCAACCAGCGACUCCACUACAUCUACAACUACCGCCCACAAGGGGACAACAGCAGCGCCGUGGCUCAGAAACUUUCCACUCUUCAGUUCCAUAAGAAUGCUGACCAUGACAGCAUGCUUGACAUUCCAUUGAAGUUCCCCUUUCCCUAUAUCAGGUCAACUUUAAGGUCCCACUAUGCCGAUAGACCACUGAAUCCUGGCAUUCCUGAUGUGAGUCUAAAUACCUGUGUGCUGAGUCAGGCAAACGGGACGUACUGCCUGUGUCAUCAACAUAUGACCUUCACCUCCUCCAAGGGCAAGGCCUCGCCAACAGCGGCAGCAGACGACAACACCAUCAAGUACUACAUCAGCAUGGUGCAUCACACAAAGGUUCUCCAUGGGUGUGUCACAGGACUGCCAAGGAGUUUGAUUGGAUCACGUAGACUUUCCUUUCAUUGGAUUGGUGAGUUAAAGAAGCUUCUCCCAGGUAUUCUUUGUCCAUCUGCUCAAUGUCAAACUGACUGUGGGAUAGAGUUCGAACCAUGUCAUCAUAUUCUCCUUCACAAUCAUGGUAGAGAUCGGUCGAUGAGCACCUCCAGUACAGCAAGCUUCAUGACCUCUGACCCCGAGCUAGAUCCUGCCCACAGUAACGUGUCCGCCUCCGACACGGAGGGAACCGACAUCCGCCCAGACACUCGCACACACACCGUCAGGUUCCAGCUGGUGGACACCAUGACCCCAACGGAGGUGCGGUGCGUUAGCCAGGCCUCCUUGCCGUCGCGGACGCUGGACAUGCCGGACACCAUGUCUGUGACCAGUCAUCAGUGUAGGAACAUCCACUCUCUGUCGCCGUGCAGGACAUUUACCAGGGAAAUAGGGGGCAGUGUAUACGACUACCGUAAUGGCCAAGUGUGGAAAGUGUGUGUGUCACUUGAGGGGCUGGUGGAGAGCUUCAAGACUGCAUACGCUCCAACCCGACAAGCCCUUCUUCACUACCUCCUCAUAAGAACAAAAGACCUCUACACAGUCAAACAGAUCUUCAGCGACAUCUGUCAAGAUUUGACCAAGACAGAACUGACACAGUCCAUUGCUGAAUACCUUGUUGCAUCCACCUACAGCAGCAUGAAGCGGCAGCUGGAGAAGGAAGUUUUGCGCUUCUUGCCCUUCACUGCAGCAGAUACAUUACGUGGCCAGUUUGAACGGAGCCCGACAGGAGAGAGACUUGCCUGUUUGUCCUACACCUCGUUCGACAGUAUCAACAUCAGCACGAAGACAGCACGAGAGCGGGAGGGUCAGCAGCCGGUCAGUGAAGACAUGUGGGACAUCCUACGUCGCAGACUCAGGAUGAGGCAACUGGACCACGCCACGCACUUUAACCUGGACAUCAUCAGCAAGAAGUUCUCAAAGCUCACAUCAGACGAGGAGCGAGACAGGGUCAAGUGGGAGAGAGUCAUCAAGCCAUCCAAAGAGACGUUCCUUGGAAGUAUUCACAGAACAAACAGGUCUACACCAGUACAAGUGUCGAAUGGUGGGCGGCUCAGUCGGACAGAGAUGGUGCUUGGACCUCAACCCGUCUUCCUGCAGGGAGCCUAUGGUGAAGAUGGGUCCAGGACAAGGCAGCUGAGUGCAGUGACAGAGGAGCUGCUUACCUCCUACCUGGUUCGCCAUUUGAAGAAGGACAACAAGGUGAAGGCUCACAAUGUGGCCAAGGAAUAUGUUGCAUGCCAGGUACAGAAGACCCAGCAGCUGUGUCACCUGUUGUGGAGUCUGAGACGCACAGAAUCGUCUGGGUGUGACAACAUGCUGCCCAACCUAAUUCUAGGUUUCCAGACCUAUUUCACGGCACUUGGCUUCCGCUGUCUACACUUGAGGUUGUUUCUGCAGUACGUGGACCGAGGAGUCUUGUCACUCACUGGCCAGUUCGUCACACAGCUUCUUGCAGAUGUUCCUGAUUCUGACGAGGAUAAAGAAAAUUCCGAGAUCAAAUUCCAGAUUAUUUCCAGAUUGCCAAAGACACUAGCAGAGGAGUGUUUCCGCCUCUGGAACCAUCCUCUGUGUGCCCGGUACUUCGCCUAUCAGCAGGUGACGGAGAUACUACUAGAUGGUGCCAAAUUUGCCAAAUCAGAAGACACAAGAGAAGCCAGAGAUAACGACAGCAUAGCAAGCGGAUCCAGUGGGUACAUGGCCUUCCCUCCAUUGGAAAUAUUCAUCCGUCAUCUGAAAGACACAACGAAAGGAAGCAUGAAGCGCCAUGGUCGCAGUGUGACUGAAUCGGUGGGCAUCAUCGACGUUGAUACAGUUCUGUUGGAAGAGGUUGGACUGCAGCAUUCAAAGUCUUCUACACAAUAUGACAUGUCAACUGUAAAUUUUUAAACUUAAAUGUCAUUGUGGCACAUGCACACAACAUAUAGAUCACAAAUCAGGGGGGCGGUUGGAUAGCUUAGUAGUUAGAGCAUUUGCUCGUCACGCCAAAGAACCAGGUUCAAUUUCCCCCAAGGGUGCAAUGUGUGAAACCCAUUUCUGGUAUCCCCUUCUGUGAUAUUGCUGGAAUAUUGAACAACCCCCCUCGACGGAGCCAGUGCAAAACAUUAACUUCAAUGUGGUCAUGAGUCAUUUUCAAAAGGGGGCGGUUCAAACGCCUGGAUCCUUCCCCACUCUGAGGCACCUGUUGCAGAUCUUGUGUCUCAUUAGGCAAGUGAUGUGGUGUGAGGACACCUGCCAAAUAUACGUUCACACAUUGUUGUCAGUGUGCAUUCUGCAGCCUAAUUAAGCAAGUUGUCCAAAGCUGGCCACACUAAAUGAGCAAGCAUUCUUAUUGUCAUUUAGAGGCCCAUGGCAUGUUAAGAAUUCUGGACAGUAGUAAAAGCCAUAGGAAUCCUUUGAAAAUUAUGAGAUGUGUUCAUCUGAAAGAAAACUAGAUAUGUUUUAUUUCAAUGCAGUUUUCACUCAUUCUGGCACAAUCUAUAUACUUGAUCAUAUCAGAAUGCCAGAACUUGAAGGAGUAAUGUCCCCACUUGCUUCAUGUUACAUGAUGUUCAUACAAAUAUACCAACCUAUAAUUGUUGAUUCUCAUAACUGAAAUUGGGUCCUUUUCCUACCUUGUCCUUUCUGUUAGUUAUGUGCCCUUAUGUCCUCUUUCCAAUCAUGUGCCCUUUCUUUCAGUCAUGUGCCCUUUCUUUAAACCAUGUGCCCUUUCUUUAGAUCAUGUGCCCUUUCUUUCAGUCAUGUGCCCUGUCUUUAGACCAUGUGCCCUUUCUUAGAUCAUG